CGCUCAACUCGGCACCUUCUCAACAGCAUGCGGCCUGGCCAUCCGGCGUGAGGACGGUAGCACCGACCGUGUCCUCUUCCCCCGCCCACCUCCGACGCUCGAGCGAGUGCAGCCUUGGACGCCUGUCCUUGAGAGGACCACGCUUGCGUACACCGACUUCGUGACGCAGGCGCUGCCCGUGGAGGAUCUCAAUCCGUGGUACUGGCAGGGUAGCCUGUCCCUUGAGACAAUCCAAGAAGCUGUUGGCGCAGAUGUCUGAAGUGGCUCUCAGAUUCAUGGAGCAAGCAAGCAUCGACGCAAGCCGCCUGGAAACAGCCUCGUGGUGGAGACAGUGGCAGUCGCAUGCCGUCAAUGCUGUCGCCUCAUGCCCCGGAGCGCCUCCCGCCGACUUCGCACAGCGCCUUGGGCAGAUCUUGGGGAGUGGCCAUGGCAACGGGUGUGUGUACCUCGCAGUUGCGCUCGACGACACUCAAGACAGGGUCACGGGCUGGUACGGCGGCCGCACGGGGGACAACACUGCCCGCUGUGCCGAGCACCUCAUGGACAUCGCGUUUGGCAGCAAUGCCCUUUUCCACGGCCACGCAGCGUCGGCCCAGACAACUCUUACAUUCAACAUCUUCAUAUACACCGAAGAUAUACUCUCUCCCGAAUCCAUCCUACAGCGCGCAAUACUCGAGGGCAUCACUUCGCUCUGCCUAGGUUCGUGCCAGAGAUAUCCUGGCUUGCUGGCCCAUCGUGCUCUAUGCGGACUGCCCGCGUUCGAGGGCAACAAAGGGCUGAAUGCGACAGCAUGUUUCGAAGCUCCCAAGGCCCCAGCAGACGACUAUGAUGGUGGAUCCUCUCUCGUCCGCAAUCAUCAGUACCGGAAGGCGCGUCGUCGACAAGGCCUAUGCCACUACAUGCUCCAAUGGGCACAGACAACGGAGGACGCAGAAGAGGUCGAGGCCGCACGCGCCAACCUCGAUGCGGCAGGCGAGGCAUUCACCGUCGUCUUCGGCACACUGAUGCGAGCGUGGGAGCUGCGCUUUCGCUAUCUGAGCACCUGGCUCGGAGCUCAACCACCGAAGAGGUUUGUACGAGACAUGCGAAACCUCGUACUUGGAGUCGGCGGCGGGGAGAGCGGCAGCGAGGACGGGGACGACGACGAGGGCGACGGCGACGACCACUCCGACGAAUACGACGAAGCCGACGACGAGUGGUUGUUGGGGUUGCGGGAGGGCGAAACGACCUCUUGCACGUCGCUCGGCGAGGCACAUCGUCACCUCCUCAGUGGCAUUUGCAUCGUGGGAAAGGCUAGGAAUGGGAGGCCAGGCGAGCGUGUGUGGUACAGCCACCCAGCUGGCAAGGACAACACUUUCGCCUUUUGGGAGCAGAUCGCCAAGCUGUCGAGAGAUGCAGCAGCCCGCGAGUCAGCCUUCCGAGCCUCUCUCGAGGCCAUUGUGGCCCGUCGCCCCGUCGGUUUUGCCUCUCUAUCGGUCGACGCCCAAGCUGCGAUCGACGGCAAGCCAUUCCUCUACGGGGAAGAAAGGGAGGGGGGGGAUCUCACCUUCCCAAGUGGAAUUACGCUGCAUCUCGCAAGUCAGUGGAGCAAGGAAGACCGGGAACGCUUCAGGGAAGUCGCUGGCAUCAAACGCAUCCCCGCCAGCAAAGACGACGUCGGUCAGAAAUGGGAAGCUGUGCCAUUUCGCCUCGUCAGGUGGACCGCCGCCCAUCAAUGGAGAAGAGGAAGGACGAGAGGGUACAGGACUGGUUGGAAGGGAGUAGACACAACGAUCCACAAGCACCUGCAGACGGGCAUGGAUCCAUCGUCUCCUUCAAGCGACGAGCGUUCGCCGAUUUGGCCAGCAGGGCCGCCUCGACCUCGUCCGCGGCGUCCCUGCCCGUCGCCACCGCUGGUGAGGAUGAAGAUGCUUCGCCUGUGAAUGGCGACUCGAGGUACUCUCCUGGUGACGACCAACAAGACGACCUCGACUUCACGGAGCAUGGCUCGGGCCUUCACGCCGCUCCUUCACUUCCUGGCCUGCCGCUUCUCACAGACCAGGCUCGCCUACCCCCGGUACCCACACCUCGCCCCCUCCCAUCUAAUCCUCGCCCACCUUUGCCGCCACUCCUCAACAUGGCGCCCUACUCUGCUCUGCCCCAUCACCACAAUCACAGCAGAGUGCCAAGCGCCAGUCAUCCCCCCUUUUCAUUCAACCGGCAUCCAAUUAAUGGAAUGCAACGCCCUCCUCGCCCGCGCAUCCCCCCCUCCUCCUACUCCGGCCUUCUCUCAGGCCACUCAGCCCCCUCU